AUGCCGUCGACCAUCGACCUGCUCGAGACCGAACUGGCAAAGGCAAGGGCUGCACUACAACAAAUCCAGGCUGCACCCCAAGCUAUCGUUGCUGAGGAUGUCACCACCGGUGCCAUGGAAGCUUACAAGAUCCACUUGGUAGGAUCCGCCUCGUCGCGUACACAGAGCAGCCAUACCUUCCUGCCUCUGAUAGACGAGUCUUUUGUGCGCUAUAGCACCACGGCCGGCCCCAAGCCGUCACGGCAACGCACCACCUUGUCAGACCUCCUGCUGAACUCCCUCGUGAUUGAGCAUCUGGCGCCAUACAUGUCCGUCGCCUCGCUACUUUCCCUGGCAUCGACCAAUAAGACAAUGAGGUCUCUUAUCAUGGACACACCAUAUGUGUUCCGCCAUUUGGACCUGGUACCGUGUCGCGGCGCGCAAGUUUCGCCCAGCCGCGCAGCAAACCACCGGGCUGGCGACGCCUGGACAAAUGGCGAGACAAACGACCCUAUGACCGAAGACGAAUUUUACUCGCAGGCGCUCAGGGGCAUCUUCGACGAUCUGGGACGACGAUCCGUGCUGCAAGAUGUGCGCACCCUGGUGCUGGACGGCCUCUCGGUGCCCGCGGAUCUAGUAGCGGAGAUUCUGCUGAACGAACGCUUCAACGUGACCAUCUUGUCGAUCCGCGGCUGUCUGCACCUCAACGAACGCAAGCUGAUGCAGGCGCUGCAAUUCGCGGUACGCCCGGGGCGCGCCAAGGGAAUGCCAAGGGUGAAGGGCGUCUACCACUUCAGCGCCAAGGACUCCGACGCCCAGCCCCGGCCCGACCAGCCUCCGAUCAGCCCGCGCGGCCAAUAUGACGACCUGCAGCGCCGGCACGAAUGGUACCGCGCAUCCGGCCAGGUGCUCCCAGGCCCCGUCUGCAGCGAGUGGGCGCAGACGCUCCAGCUGUGCGAGAGGAUCAUCUCGUUCGACGCUGUGCUCUGCCGCGGCCCCAGGCACCAUCCGGAGUCGUAUAUGGGCGACCACCCCAAGCAGAUAGGCUCCUACCUGCCACCUGCAAUUGCCACUGUCGCACUGGGCCCAAGAGGCUGCGAGGGCUGCGGUACGACGCCCGAAGGCCCUGCCGUCUGGGGCUACUCGCCCGACGAAUGCUUCCCACUACUGUCGCCUCCCCCGUUACACUCUUCCCGCGUCUCUGUCGCCAAGAAUCCCGCGGUGCACAAGAACGAGUCGCCGACGCUGAUCAUGCAAUGCGAAGACUGCAUCCGGAACCGCUGCUGCCGUCGAUGUCGUCGGUGGUGGUGCUCCGAUUGUUUGCAGGACCCCGAAAUGAUCAGGGAACCCGACACCGCCUACCAACCACCGGGCAUGUUUGCUGGCAUGGGCCAUGUGAAGGGACACCAAUUAAAGGUAUUUAACGGUCUUUGCAUUAUAUGUCGGAACUGCCUUGUCGACCCGUGA